AUGAAUGGAUCAGCAUUUGUUUGUGCUGGUUUAGAAAUUUUGCUGGAUGGUUCAUCGUCUACUCAAUAUAGCCAAAGCCUUUUGGCACGACAGGGUAAUGCCUGCGAAUGUGAAAGCAGUGUGGCAUCUGUUAGUACUACAACCGUUACACUGAUCCAAGCAUCGACCAGCACUGCCAGCUCUACCGCACCUACCGGCUCGACCAGCACUGCCGUUUCCACCAAAUCUACCAGCUAUACCAGCACUGCCAGCUCUACCGCACCUAUCAGCCCUACCAGCUCGACCAGCUCGGCCAGCACUGACAGCUCCACCACAUCUACGAGCAAAGCCAGCUCGACCCAUACAUCUCCGGAUCGGACAAGUAGUCCCCUGUCGAGUCCAUCAAGCACCCCAGGAAUUCUGACAGAAUUGUCAUGUCUGAUUAAGUAG